AUGUUGGAGGAUUUUUUGUACGGGGCUAUCUUGAUACUUCGUGCUAGUAUAGACAAAACAAGCCGAGCCGAGGAGGCCGCAGCCGUAGCGGGAGCAGUCUCUCGUGGCCUUCAGCAGCAUCACCAUCGAGUCACUGGAGCCCCAAGCGCCAUGACAAAUGGUGGAGAAGCCCAACAUAUCGCUGGAAGGUCAAGAGAAGGUGAACUAAUUGGAUUUCCGACCAACCUGCAGGCCACAGCCGGCGAAAGUCAAUUCCAAGAGGCUGUCAUUAAUACGAUCGCAGAGUUUGCCAAGAACCUGCCUGACACUCAGAAAAUCGAGAUCCUCAAAUUUAUCCUAAACUUCGAUCCAAUGGUCAAGUAUAACGCCCGUUGUUCAAAGAUCUAUACCAUUUGA